GUCGAGGUUGCUAGAUCGCUUGAGAUAGCUCUCUCUCUCUUGCCAUCUGUCGCCUAUCAUCAUAUUCUGCGUGUCUGCUGGUCACCCGUUCCCUGUUUCUCUCUCUCUCGCUUACGUACCGUGCGUUCGUGAAGUGGAUACCUUGAGGCAAUCGCGGCCAUCUCCCCAUCGUAGUAGAAUCCGCACAUACCGCAUAGCGGUGAAAAUUGACUUUUUGUUCGACAUUCAGUCGCCAUCUUCGUUUUUCCCUGUUAGUUGAUAGUGUUGUUGUGCAAGAAGAAUAACUGAAGCGUUCGUGUACUUUAAGCAUUGAUAAAACUAGAUUUAUACUAGAAAAAAAAACGAAAACUCGCAACAAUGUUCGCCGAUGGCGUUUGAUGAACUUUGAGUUCCGUACUUCUGAACUUCUUUAUCCGAAGCUGACAGUUUGAGUAUUGAUAUAAAAUGUUAUAAGACUUCUUUUAUCGGACUCCCCGCUGCUGGUCUAAUCGCAAAGAGAGGCGUAUAUAAUAAUCAUAGCGGAGCGCACUUCCAAUGCGAAUUGUUAAUUGCAUAUAGAUGAACCAACAAACCGUGGGUACCGUUGGAUCUGGUGCUGCUCGGCAGUUGAGGUUGUUGGCGAACGUGGCCACAAAAAAGAAGCACCAAUAAGUAGAGCCCAGUUUUCCUACUCGGCAUAGCGACAAGAGGCGAUCCGGUGUAGACGACCAGCGGCAAGUGGUUGGAGGCGGUGGUGCAGUGCAGUGAGGCAAGUGCUAAAAAGGCCGCACAGAAACUGACUGUAGCUCUGUAGUGGUGAUCAUCAGGGUAAAUAACAAGUUGAAUUUUCGAGUCAGGCUGUGUGUUUUUGUGUGUUGGUGAGUGAAGAAAUAUUCUGAUUCGGCCGGAAAAUAAACCAAACUGUGGACGGUGUGUGAGAGGCGAACCGACAAGAAAUGGAAUCGGAGGAAGCACUACACUGAGAAGUGAAAAAUUAACGUUGUUCAUUGUUGUUGUUGUUAUUGUUAUUGUAGUUUAUUGUUGUUGUCUCUGUGGCAGAUGAUGCAAGCGAGAAAAAAAACCGUAACACACAUGGUACGGGUUUCUCCUACUGUCGACGUGAAGCUGGUUCAUUUCUGUGAUUCCUGUUGCGUGAAAGGGGAUCGUACGGAACUUUAAUAUGGAUUAGAAUUGCAAAUCAGCUGACGUCACGACUGUGUCUCAUCGAUUUCAUUUCAAGGGCAGGCUGCAACUAACUCUUCCGGGGAUUAAGCUGUAUGAUUUCAGACCGUCUGAUUUUCGCUCGGCUCGAUUUCCCGACAGCCACGCAAAUCCCACCACACACCGGCGGUUGUGAAAGAUCACGACCAGCAGCAAAACAGCGAAGGAUUGCCCAUUACAAAAUAUGCAUAGUUUUCAUUCUCCAAGCACCGGACGACGGUAGCCGAAGAGCCGAUGAGAAUGAGAAAAGAAAAGAGAGUCUGAAAUUGAGAGAGCCCAAAAUACUGAAAUCAGUAAUCACAACAGAAGAGAAGAUACCAAUACGGUGGCGGACUUGUAGCACGAAGCAUCGGAAACAAAGACUCUGUACUCAUACCACCAAACCGAUUGCGAGACCCGAACCGAUUGUCGAGAGCAAGCGCUCUCUCGCUGGCUGUCUACUUCGGCCAACGACUGUGGGUUCGUGCAGCCGAGCAACCUUUGCUCGCUGUCAGUCGUCCAGGAGCAUUCGAACAGUUCGCACGCAACGUUCGUGUCGUUCAUCCGAUUGGUCGCCCUUGGAAAUAGUGAUUGAGAAAAAAAAAAGUUAUAAUUUUUUUUGUACUGUGUUCACGUAGCCAGUAGGCGGAGUAGAAAGAAGGCAAAGAAAUACAGGAAAGUGCUUUUGUGUGAACGUGUUCGUGUCCGCCUCAAUGUGUGUAGAAGCCAAGCGAAAGAAGAAGUGAAAAGUUACUGAAAUUUUUUUUUCUGACCGUGCGUGUGAUACACAGUGGGCUGCUUAGCCAGAAGUGCUUUCGUAUCGAUACAGUUAAGGCCUUUCAAGCGGUGAAUUUCCCAAUCACGUUGGUUUUCCGUUUUCUCUGUUCUUCCGGAAUGCGAAUGACGAUGUCUAAUCAUCACCCGUGAACAUCGCACCGUCAAGUUCUAAGCUAGGAGAAUUUUCAAAACACUAACUGGAUAGAAAUCUACCGCAAUUAUGAAGUUUCCUAUCAUCGUCGUCGUCGUCGUUCAUUAAUUGAAACUUGCUGAACUACAGGUGUCGAAGUGAAACUGUCCACCGUCUUCCUCUUUGCUUGCCCUGAGGGUCGGUCUUUUUUUCAGUGUGGAGGAAACAAAGGAAAGCUACCCCCGGAGGAAUAGAAAACGUUACAAACCAGCAGGCUAGCGAUUGAAGGCAAGAGAAGUAAAAUAAAAAAAAAAAGUUCCACGCGUACACACGAACAAUUGCGAACUGUGAACGAAGCCGAAAAGGUAGCAGGCAAGUGUUUCUGGCGAUUCGUUCGUGGUGGUGCGCAAACUGUUCGUAGCGUGGCGCUAGUGUUCGUGGAUAACCUCGCGGAGGUAACACCGACCGACCGACCGAUCGACAACCAUUGUUUUGAUGUUCUUCGACGCGAUUUAAUGAAGAGUGGGCUGUGUUAGAAGAAAAGAUAGAAAAAAUGGGAAAAUAAAAUGAAUUAUUGUGCAAUUACGGCUGAACGGCUAUAAAUCUCAAAACAGGAAAGAAGAGAACACAGUAAACGGUCCGUCCGGAACCUGAAAGAAACCUCUGUUAGUGAGUGGCGAGCUUUAGUUUCUCGCGUAUUUGUGAUUUGUCGGAAGACGGAAAAAGCGAGGUGUGUGACCGAAGUGCAUUUCGGCAUUUUGAGUGCGGAGUGUGACGUUCGAAAAGACCAAGAUGUCUUAUCGCUAUUGGAUUAUUGCUAACAGUGAAACAGCAGCGGUAGCGCUAGUACUACGCCCUGUGCAAUAUGGAUUAAGUAGGUGCUAUUUUUAGUCAGUUGUCGUUGCUGUCGCUGUGAGUGUGACCUCAUUCUCGGCUCUCAACCGUGCCGCAACGUUUUGGAUUACCAACCAACCGACCGCACAGUUUUUUCGCCCCCACCCGCCCCCUUCCGACCUUUUUUGUUUGAUAGAGCAGUGCCUCCGCCGAACGAUGCUAGUAGUGAAUUAAUUAGGAGCGGAACAUACAUCCAUUGAACACUGCGUUUCACUAAGGAAUGUUCAAGAUCCGAGCGAAAAGCUGACAACAAGGGCUUCACUACCAACUACGGAACAGGCGAUACUCUCUCCACAAAGGAUUAUACUCGACUGAAGUUGUUUACAAACAACAAACUUAUUGGCAGCUCCACUAGCAGUAUAUGGCAAUCGUCUGCAACGCAAGAUUCUACAAAUGAAAGAUGCAAUCAACGCAGCUCGCCGCCUCACCGCAAGAUCAGCCGCAGUAUGCGACGGAUCCGCUAGCGAUUGACGAGUCCGUGCAACAACAGGAACCGCUGAACCAAUCAAACUGUGCCGAAACCGAGACGCACACAUCUGGGCAAUCUCCCCAGCUAUCGGAAGUUGCUCCACCACAAUCAAAUGCUCAAAAUGAACCCGCUCCCGCAGCAAUUACGUUCGCUGACGAUCCACCAAAGGCAACGCCUAUUCCAACGGAUGGAGCCGUCGGGUCACCUACAAAGGAAGACGUCAAAUCAACCAAUUUUUCCAUCGUAGAUCCGUCGAACAGGACAGAUCCGGCAACUUUGAAUAACGAAGCAGUUACUGAGGAUUUAAGUUCGCAGAAAACUGCAACAUCAUCGUCACAUUCAACAGCCGGCGAAAAGGUGGUGGAACCCAAAGAGAUUGGAAGCAGUAGUUGUAACAGGACGGAAUCAACAGUUCCGAGUGCGGACACUUCGACAGUUACUCAUUCAAAUACGGCUGCUGCCGAAGAAUCUGAAGCGGAUGGUGCUAAAAGUGCCGAACCAAACAAUGACGUACCGACGAGUAGUAGUAGUAGUAGUGGUAGUACUAGCGGUAGUGGUAGUAGUGCUAACGUUAGUAAUGGUAACAGCAAUAGCAACAGUUUCAUCGGCGUUAAAAGCGCCGUCACUAGUGAUAAUAGAAUAAAAAUCAAUGGAAUCAGUGAUCUUAGCAUACUCGAUGUUACCGAAGGUAACGACGACGAGAUUGAGGUGAAAGUUGAAGGUGGCAGUCUCAUGCAUAAGGUGAUCAAAUUCUCGCUCCUCAAUGGAAUGCAAGAUAGCACCAAAAGAUUGGAAAAUAGUAGAUUGAUAAUGAGCGGAGUGAGCAGUACUAACGGGGAGGCAACGUUGGCUACGACUUCGUCCCUUACCAGAGGUUCCCUCGGUGGAGGUCCUCUGAGACAGGAUGAUAAGGCGAAAGAGGAAGGUUUCAAAGGUGGUACGUUGGAAAACAAAACGACACCUCCCGCGUGUUCCAGUGUGCGACCGGAUUCUUUGGAACCAAGUUCCUCGUUUAGCAACAGCAGCAACAGUAGUGAUAGUAGCAGCAACUUAAAAAGUAGUGAAAAUACCGAGUUGCGACCCAAUCGGACAGAAGAAUCUAGCAACCGACUACGAAAUUCUACCGACAGUAAAAUUAGUGGCAGUGGUAACGAAUCAGUGCAUGAAGAAAGUGUUAGUGAUACUUACAGCCGAAGUGCUUCGUUAGACUUUCGGGAAUGGCCCAAGUCAUCCACUACCUCGGUACCGACGGUAGCGGCAUCUACUCCGUGCACGAGUGCUCCAACGACUGCCUCUUCGAUAGAUCUAUCAAAAACAAACAAAGAGACUGAUCUUCCAACAAGUGCACCCAGUCCGCCCCCCAAGCGUUCGAAGGCAAUGUACUACGCCGAACUGCCAGAUUUUAGCAAGCCAGUUCUCACGGCACCAAACAACUUGUUGAUGACUCCAACUCCAACUUCGACAGUACCAGGUCGGGAUUGCAGUUUCUCCUCUACCAAAAGCCUUAGUCAGUUACAGAUGAAGACUCCGGAUUUUAGUCGAAUUAUGCCAGCUUCGAGUGUUCCUCAUUCUAGUAGUUCCAGUAUUCCAGUGGUGUCUACCUCGGCCGUAGCGAUAUCGACCACUACCUCGCGAUCGCACGAACUGCAGAUAGCCAACCCAGAUUUCUCCAGAAGUUUUAGUAGCAAAUCUCACCAUUCGGCACCACCGCCGGUAACGCCGACAACGAGAGCGGAUGCCACGUAUUUAAAUCAAGCUACAUUCGCCGAGAUAAGCAAGAAGCGAAACUACAUCAGUGACUUGCAGCUCAAAAAUCCACCACGCCAAGAAGUGAUAACACAUCCCCACUCAAGUGUUGUGAAGGGACCAAUCAAUCAAUCGCCAGGCCCUAGUCUAAGCAACUACCGUAUCGACAAACCACAGAGCGGUGCAAAACCGUACCCGCCAAGUUUGUAUCGACAGGAAAUGCAACUGGAAGAACCGAAAGCUCAUGUCAUACACAAAUCUCCAUCUGCUAGUUUACCAGAAGCAGCUGGAAAAACUUGGAAUCCAGCUCAUGAGUUAAAUUCAAAGCCGUACCCUCAAUCAAAUGACAAACAUAGAUACACUCAGCAGUAUCCAACAUCUGGCCAGAAGGGCCCUCCACCACUGACUAGCGAACCACCGUCUCACAUUUACCCUGAGUAUGGUCAUCCAUAUCCACCUCCAACCGGUAAGGGCAAAGAGUCCAUUCCGGCAUCACAAAGUUCGGCUGCGCAUCCCGGUGGAAUCAUAGUAAACAACGUAAAACCAUACUAUCCGGAACCUCACCAGUCGCUUCCAAAAUCUAAAGAACCUGACUUCCGACUAGAACACAAGGAAAAACAACUGCGCCAGGAAGGGACCAUCAUAACGCUGAAAUCGAACGAGAGUAGACCUCCUGUGAACCAUCCCCAAUCGACGCUUAUGCAUCCUCAAUCAUCUCAGAGCUACCAUCCACCACCGAGAUCGAGAUCACCAUCCGUGGAUCAACGGGAAGCUCAGAUGAUGGCCUCAUCCCAGGAAAUACUGUAUCGAGAUUUCAAGUUGAAACAAUCUUAUGAGAUGCCUCCACAAUCAGCUGUCCGAGCUUCAGCGAUGGGCAGGCCCUUAGAAGAGUCCCGAUGCCCCCGACCUACUGAAUCCACGGCCCGAGAACGAUCACCGUAUGAUCCGUACUAUCGCGGUUCUCAUUCGGCUGUUCAAACGCCACCCUCAAAGUACUAUACCCUACCGGAUCAUCACAAGCAACCGAUCAGCCCAGCUUCGUCAGCUGCUUCUUCACCAACGCCAAUGGUCAAUUCUCAAAAUCGAAGUCCUGCCCCAAUACCACCUCAAAAACUACAGCAAAUGGGAGGAAUGCAUCCCCCUUCAGGAUGGCCUAGUCAGAGUCGAGUGAUCGCUAGUCCACAUGGAGGUAGUGCCAAUUCUUCCCCUUUAUCGGUGCCUUCAUCAGUAAGUCCAAACCAUUUCAUGCAUCAGAAGAACUCACCAAGUCCGGUGAACUCAUACGGAAUGCAGCCGGGUCCGAGUCACGGGUACAAAUCGCCAAGCCCCUCGUCUUCAUCGUCUUCACCUUAUGGUGGUAGUGCAAGUGCUGGUACGGCCGGGAAUUCGAUUACAAAAUAUACUCAGUAUUAUCCUGGUUCGAGUGGUGAAAGAGUGGUCAGCAUAGAAAUCGACAAAGAAAGUUAUAAACCGGGCUUUAAAAGUUUAGACUACAACAUGGAACAAAAAUUCGCCGAAGUCUACCAGGCACAUCAGAUGAAGGAGAAGCAUGCAACUUCUGCAAAACCUGUGGAUCCUUACAAGGGACAUCCUUACCCUGGGAGCAGCACUGAAUAUCCACGACAUCCCGCUGACCCAGGUGGACAACACCCUUCAUAUAAACCGGCAGAACACAAACCUCAAGAACCGUAUUACGAAGAGUACAGUAGAGUCCGAGCGGCGUCAAUGUCUGCACCAUCAGCACCGAGUACCACCGCACGAUACACCCACAGCCAGGAGAAUCUCAAUCACUACCAACAAUACCAAUAUCCACCUCGAAACAAUCCGGAUGUGGACAUUCGCAAGUCGGAUCCACAGCUCUAUAAACCCACAAAUCGUGAUCCAUCACCGGCUCAACGAUACGCUUCCAGUGAAAGUUUGUAUAAUUCCUCGAAGCAGUCGGUCUAUCCACCAAAUCAAGCGAGUUCGACAAAACCACCAUCUCAUCAUCCCGGGUAUCCUCCUCCUAGUGGUAACGAAAGCCUAAAUUCAUCAACACAGUACAGCAUACCAUCCAGUAAAAGUUCCUAUUCAAGUUCUCCGUACGAUCGGUCUUCCGAAAAGCAACAACCAUCUGUGAUAAGUAAUAACUACAGUCAAGAACGGGCUGGACCUCGUACGUCGUAUCCUGAACAACGAUCGCAUCCACCAAUGGAGAACUAUCCGGCAGGUCACCAUUACCCACCAGAACCACAGAUGAAAGCUGCUUCUUCACAGCCUUAUCCUCAUCAACACACCGUUCAUCCAACGAGCCCAUCUACCAGCAGAGAUCCUGCUGGAUGGCACUAUCAACAAACUCAUCAACCCCCAGCCCCGCAACCGGGUCCUUCUGGGCACGGUUCCGAAAGGAUGCCCAUGAGUCGUGAUGAUCGUCACAAUCCCGUUAUACAACCUCCUAUAACUAAGAACAUACCGGUAAAGGUAAUUGCUACAGCAAACGCAGCACCAACAGUGGCAUCGUCAACAACCGUGGCACCAGCUACCAGUACUACAAAAAGAGAAUCACCUUUGGAUUUGUCCGUAAAAACAGUGAAAACCAAAGCCGAUUCAACAGCCAGCGAUGAUUACGCGCACUCCAAUCGUAACCGAGAGGUCGUUCCACGAGUAAACUUCAGUCCAAACUUUAAGAAGCAUAUUCCGGAACGGCACCCGGUUGAUAAUCGGCCACUAGCGCCAACUCAAGCACAAUCCUAUCUUCCGUUUCCUUCGCGGGAACCAAUUUCACCACAUCAGCAUGCUUUGCAACAGCCUGCCUCUUCAUCGAAAUCUUCGCCUGCACCGAGUUCUCAACUGGAACAUCAACCGAUUGCGAAUCUCGCUAUACCUCCCGGGUAUGACAAACGAACCGAUGCCUACAUGUCUGCAAAUUACCGAGCAGUUGGUGGCUCCGGUGAAGGAUCCGUCUCACGUCUACCACAAGAAAGUAUCCCGUAUCCUGCUACAUCGACGAGGCCUGGUCCUACUGAAUAUAGAGAACAUUCAGUUCCAUACGGAAUACCGCCUGGAGCGUAUCCUCAUCGAAUGCCUACUACCGGUAUACCGGCUCCUCAACAUCCAUAUCAACAACCCGGUUCAUCAUCAAAACCUGACCCGUACUACCCAAACAAUAACAAAACAACUUCUUCGGCGAGCAGUAGGAGCGUCUACUACCCACCACAUGAAGUUGGUCGAACCUCUAGCAAACACCCGGGAGCCCCUCAAAAACCAACCAUGAACGAUCCCCGCAUCGAAGAUCGCAAAUUUGUAGAGAGCAUGCUGAAAAAGCAAACAUCUCCAUCGGCCGAAGUGAUCGCAGAUCUGCAAGCCGGAAAAUUUUCCACCAGGAUUCCAUCCGCACUGGCACCGGCCAAGAAACGUGUUGCCGAAUCUGUUCCCAAAACGUCCCCCACAAAGGUGUCUCGUGUUGAAGAAUCGAAUCUUCACCGACCGUACGACAACAAUAACUACCGUCAUCCACCGUUUCCGGUGCCGGCUGCACCUCGAGACUACUAUCCCGUGCCCAUCAAGCUAGAACCGGCGAGUCCCCAACCAGCCGGUGUUUAUUACAGUGAUAAACGUUCUGAAGGACCUUCAAUAACUCGUGGUGUUCUAACAACUGCACCAAGUAAUGUUUCACCAGCGGCACCUACUCAUUCAGUGCUCCAACCGAACGUUCAACAGAACAUCCGUCAAGUGGACCCACAUCCGUCGGUUAUUACAAGUUAUCAAUCGAGUAAACCACCACCACCACAAGAAGUGCACAGACCACGUGGUGACGAAUCAUCACAGCAGAGAGACUACCGACCUUCAUAUGGUCAGUCUGAGAAUCGACAGUUUUACCCGAAACAGCCGGAGCCCUUUCGUCAAGGCCACGGUGAUCCGAAGUACUACGGAUCAUCGGUAGACAAAUCAUCUUGUACACCCGAUCAAAACAACUACCAGCAAUCACCGUCAACUAUAGUGAUGCAUUCUCAUAUUCAGUACAGUGGUCAACCCCCCGUCCCUUAUAAGCAAGCGGAACCACAACCACAACCAACAGCACGGCCAGAGUCCUACUGCAGUCCACCAAAUCACGUAGUUCGCUCGCCUAGCAUUGUGGAAAAUAACCACAGCAAAUCACAGGAAAAUAUCCCACAUACUCUCGCCGAACCACUAAAAUGUACGCCCCCGCUUCUACACUCCAGUCAGGAAUCGUUAAGCCAGGCAUCGUCUGCUCCGUCUCCACAACAACACCGUGGAGUAGAUCAGUCCGUAAUAUCCAAGCUGCGCACAAGCCUAGAACAGAAAGAACGCAACAACCAGCUAAGGAAACAACCCAGCUCAGAAAUGUCCGAAGAAGAUGCCAAACCAGUGGACGUCAGUUCGUUUCCGCCAUCGCACUUUCGUUCCAAAGGUGCCAUGAAAGCGUACACACCGAUUCCGGCUUUCGACAUGACACCUUCGACACCUCAGCCAACAACAACGCAAAGCAACGACUCACCAUCGGUGCGUCAACCAAGUCCGGUGAAAUCCGAACCGGUCGACAUCCCGGAAGAACCGAUCGAACCUCCGCCGGAUAUAGAGGGUACGGCCGCAUUAGACAUUCUGGAUUGGGGUAGUGCCUGUAACGAAUUCGUCGAGCAGCUACAGACUGGAAAGAAACGGGGCCGACGGAAACGUAGCACCAUCGUAAAACGAGAAAACGAAUCUUCUACGGGACACGAUGGAUUUCAUACGGAUUUACCAGGAAUGGCCAGUAGUACACUGGCUGAUGUCCCACAGGAAGUGCUAAUAUCGGCUGCUCAAGAAAUGACGGGGGACUUCUCCAGCUCUAGUGAUGAGGAUAAGCCGCUGCAUUUACUGAAACAGCAGCAGCCGAAUUCGACUGAAGAGCUGAAGGAAGAGGAUCCACUGCAGGGGAUAAGAAAUUCAACGAUGGAAAAACUGUCGGAGAAGAUCGCUCGUAAUAUCAGGGAUAAACAACGUUUGGAGCUAGAACAACGACAUGAAGCCAAACUCGGUCGAUCGAGUAGCUCGGACAGUGAAUCGGACACCAGGAGAGUGGUGCAACGUUCGAAAUUGAGAGCCAGAAAGCUGCGACAUCGAUCCAGUGUGCCGUUAAAGUUGUCUGACGUGAACACCGAUGGAGAAGAUGAGGAAGAUGAGGAGGAAGGAGCACGAGAUCUGCGAAAGCGGAAAAAGGUAGAACAGACAUCGUCAGAAUCAGAAGGAACGAAUGUGAAACGGAUGAGCAGAUGUCAGUCGCAAAUCAAACAAGACAACGGAAGUGAUUUAAGUUCGGAUGAAGAAGAUCCCAAGAAGCGAUCCAAUAAUAUUAAAGAUAGAGCUCCGGAAUCUAAGAGCAAACUUGUCGGUCAAGGUGCUCCGUCUGACAGUGACGGUAACGAUGUCAAGCCGAAGGAGUCGGUCAACGGAAAGAAGAAUCGAGAAGCUGAAGCUCAGUUCAGUGGAAACGAGUCGGAGAAAAGUGAUAAAGAUAGGAAAAAGGGCGUAAAAAAGCUGGUAAAAACACGGUCCAAAACGAAAGUGGUAGAAGAAUCCUCGGAAAGUUCAAAGUCUUCAGUUGAGGAACUCGAAACGAUGACGAGAUCGAAAAGUAAACUGGAACUGGAGAAACGCCGAUCAAACAGUAAAGUGUUGAGAAACGAUAAAAUCAUAGAAAAUUUCGUUAAAGAACGCAAGAAACCGGAAAGUGUAACACCUCAGAAAGGCAGGAAAGGUGCUGUCAACGCAAAACUGGAGGCUACUAAGAAAAGAAUUCUCGAUAGUGACUCGGACUGCAAAUCAGUUGGCAAUAAGAAACGUACCAGGAAAGUAUCCAAACUACAGACUACCUCCACGUCAAGCAGUUCCGAGGAAAGCGACGCUGAAACCGUCUCGGAACGGUUGCGUUCCAGAAAGCAACAGAAAUGCUCGGAAACCUCGGCGCCUUCGUCUAGUUCCAAAAAAGGGAACAACCUGGAGAGCAGAACACCAGCAAAGCAAUCGGCCUCAGUGGAAAAGAAAACGUCUACGAAAUCGGAACCACAGAAGAAACGGGGACGUCAAGCGAAAAAAACUUCCAAAGAUUGUGCAACAGAGAAUACAAGUGAGAAUUUUUAUCCCGGCUGGGAGAAGGAGCUCUAUGAGUUUAAAAGAUCCCUGAAGGUGCCGCCACAGUUGAUUAUGAUCGGAGGACGCCAGUAUGUUCACAGAAUCUCCGCCUCCCUGCCGGAUUUGGAUUCACAUCACAGUGAUGAGUCGGAAACAUUUUCGGAAAUCGUACGGAAAAUUAACCAGAAAGAUGCUUCUACGGGGAAAAAGGUCAAAACCAAGGCGGCUUCGAAACAUGCAAGUAAAAAUGUACUUCUGUCGAACAAAGAAUUGCAGGAAGAAAAGAAAAAGAUCGACGAUAACAAAAAGUUUUCGUCUAUCAUUGAGAUUCUUCACGAGAGAAUUCUGCGGCACGUGAAACUAGCGAAAGCCAAAAAAUCGAAAACUACCAACGAGAAGGAAUCAUCAAAACCCAAACCGGAAUUUGAGCUGCUUCCAACGCCUGGAGCGGAGAGUGAAGCACUGUUCAACCGGAAGAAGAAAUCUCUGUUCGAUACGGCGAUCAUGAAAUCCCGUACCCGUACUGAGCAAAAAGUUAUGCAAAGCAAGGAAAUCAUCCGGGAGGUUUUCGGAGGAGAAGAUGAACGACCGCAGUCCGCUCCACCUCUCGGAUGUAUGCCUCAACUGAAGAACGUAACCUACGAUGAAAUGUACAACGAAAUGCUGUCGAAAAGUAACAACGUCGCUACAUUUCUGGCACAGAAGAAAGCUCAAGAGGAAAAGGCUCGAUCGCAGUCACUGGGGCUGCCGGGGUCUUCGACGAAGGUAAAAAUCGAAGAUCUAGACGACGAAACCCAGGACAGUGUACUGAAGGAACUGGGACGUGUUACCGGGGAGGAAUGCGACACUCCUUCGGUAGCGGGAUCCGAACGGGAUCUGGCAACGCCGGUUUCGUUCAAAAGUGCUGGAAAGAAAAAGUCCCACAAGAGUAGACGAAAAGGGAGUUCUGGCUUCGAUUACAUCCGGAAAAAGAAGAAACCUCAGCCAACGAACGAGAACAGCACCCUGAUAGUGCCGAAAAAGAAGGUCACCUCAGUGUUUGAGAAUCUAGUGUCGAAAGAUGAGACGCACAUCAGCAAGGAAAUCCGUAGUUGGGUGUUGAACAAAGGCGUGGGCGAAAGUGUGAUGCACAAGGCAGCUAGACUAGGAUACACGGACGUGAUUGUCUAUUGUCUCGAGCGUCUGGAAAUGGAUCCCGACUUGAAGGAUAACGCAGGAUACACUCCACUGCACGAGGCCUGUGCCAAGGGACAUCUGGACAUUUGCAACUAUCUGCUACAGUAUGGAGCUAGUCAUUCGGAAACAGCACCGUCCGGAGUUCGCCCACUACACGAAGCUGUUGAGAAUUCGUUCAUCGAAGUUGUCCGACUGCUGCUAGCAUUCGGGGCCGAUCCAAUGCUGGCGACAUAUGCCGGACAAACACCGAUUCAACUGGCGGAGAACAACGAAAUGGCACUGUUUCUGGAGAAUCAUUUGUACGACAUUCAAAGUAUGAGCCCAUUGAAGACCGCUUGGAGAAUGGAUGGACCAUGGAAGACCCAUGAUCCGGAAGAAAGUGGCUGCCACAUCUUUGCUGAUAUUCCUGGUUUUUCGGAUGAUGAGAACCUCCAGAACAGUUCGACUACAACGGAACGCUCGACGCUGAGUAGUUCUACUGGACCGGAUGGUGUUGAUAGUCAGCCGCAGCCGGUUCGUCUACCUCCUCCUCCACCACCUCCGUUGCCACCCGCACCGCAGGUGACACCGAAAAAAUGCGACUCCAACUCCAACAUUAUGAACUUUGAGGUUAAGCUGGAACCAGACUCGAUAGAACAGAAGUACAAAGACUGCGCGGUGGUUCUAAAUGACAUUCACGAUUUGAACAACGAACAAAUAAUGCCGGCCGGGUCGAACUACGUCAAUGGUCAAAUGCAGAAAAUGAAAUUCGAACGCAACUGUCCUAACAACAAUUGCGACCAAAACAGCAACGGUGUUGCGCGGUUCGACGAAAGCGACGAUGAGGACGAUUUUCUGUUUGAAUACGAAGAAGCGGAUCGACCACUGCCGCCGCUGUAUCUGCUCAAGGAUGAAUCCGGCGGGGACAAGUGGGUACUGAUGACCGAUCUGUGCAACUUUUUGAAGCUAAAGUCAAAGGAAGCGGUAAUCAAACAGAUCUGCUCAACAACGACACCCAUAACUACGGCCAAUAACACUAACGGCACUAGCAACGGUAACGGCAGCCGGGAAAUCAUUCGAGAGCUCAAAAUCGAAGAAUUUCUUACGCGUGCAAGCUGUUUGCAGCUACUUUGUGCAGGCGAAAAACUCAACAUCAACUCCAACAAAGUCAUUCUGGUCAAGUACAACGAGAAUGUACGCAAUCUGCUGCAGGUGCAAACGAUGGUUACCAAAAUCUAGAAGAGAAAAACAGAAGAAUCAGAACUCUGGAACACGAUAAACGAAAACAAAACAAAAUAUGCCUUAAGAGAAAGGAAAAUCAGGGGGGGCGACGAUGGUUUAGUUAAAGAAAAAAAAAGAAACCGGAAAGACUUGACCGAUAGAUAGUGCUGGAAGAGGAACAAAACUUGCUCAGGUUACGAUUAGACACACCACCGUGUUUUUCCCUGUUAGGAUACUCUAGCUAUCAACGAAGAACGUAAUUUGGUUCAGUAGCUUCGUUCAGUUUCGGUACCGGAGGCAGCAAUCGUCAGAAGAAUCGUGUCCGUUUUGUACCUAAGUUCUUUCUAUUCCUGCUUUGCGUUUCCACCAACCGAGCAUAGACUGAAUAGAAUAAUGACAUUUUGAAUUAAGCACUUUCAAGUACCGUGCCUUCCUGUGUACGGUUAAAAGAUACCGGACAUUUUAUUUUUUUCCGCAAGACUUACACAUCACAAUCAAAAAACAAAAUUUACAAUGGGCGAUCAGCGCUUGCUUUGAUCGGACAAAACAGAAAGAAAGAAAAUAUCAAACGAUGAAAUCUUUCAUCGUCAUGUUAUAUUUCAAACUAUGAAAUAUUUCACUUCGUGUGUUCGACACACUAAGAAAAUUUUUUCUCGUUUUUAUAGCUUCUUAUAAACAACAACAAAGAAAAAUAGCAAUUGUAGCAUAUGAUUUGAAUGCCCACGCAAGUGAAUCAAUAAGUUUGUAAUUUUAGUUCAAGUUUCCAUUAGUCGAAUAAGUGUUAGUUGGUUUGCAACUUAAAUCCGUUCUAUUAGGUGUGAUUCGUUUUGCAAAAAAAAAUAUUUAUUUUAGUUCAAAUUGACUUGUUUAGUUAAUGUUUAUUUUAGUAGUAUUACAGCAGUUCGCGGCCGUAUUUUUUUUUCAUAUUGGUAGACGAAAGAGGAAUAAUUCUGUUUAUUAGAAACUAACCGAAUCUACUUCUGUUCGUUGAACAAUAUCUAUAUGCUAAUUUAUGUAAAACUAAUAGAACUACCCCUGCUGUUGAGUUGUAACCGAACUAAACGCGAACAAAUCGUAUCUAUUGUCACACACAUAUACACACACACCCACACACUGAUAUGUGCACUAAGUGCAGAAACUAGGAGUAAAUCGUUUAACAAUGCUUAACAUAAUUCUAUACUCUAAUUGUUAUCAGUUUUAUAGCGUCGUGCAGCAACUGUAUAGAAUAAAAUUCACUGUAUAAUGUUUUUUUUUUUAAUUUCGAGAUCGCAACGGUUGACCAGAGGGCGAAAUCCUUUCACUCGACUCUUCGGUUCGGUUUGGAAUCCGCGGGAUCGCCCAAGGGGACGUUGCUUUUAUACCGACUAGGCUUAGGUAACUACUCAAAUUGAACGAGACUUGAGAUAUGAUAAAAUAAAACAAAACAAAAUAAAAGAACGAUAAUAAAUCGACUGGUUGAAUGAUGGUUUCGCUAAACAUUAUAAUGUAGCUAAAAACAAAACAAAAAAACUGGUGAUGGUGAUUACGGCGGAUCAAGAACGAUAGUGACAGAUGAACAAAACUCCCGUGCAAUCGACUUAGAAGCAUUGUACCGAUGUUUGCAGGAACCCUUAUUGCGAUGGAGAGCAAAAUACUGAAUUAUUUAGUUUACGACUGUAGCUGUUAGGAAAAGGAAAGAAAAAAAAGAGAAAAGGAAAAGUGAAAUGUCGAUAGCGAAAACGAAUUCGUUUAUGGCUGCAACUGGCUAUAAAAAUGAAGAUUCUAUGUAAAAUAGAAAGCAAAGAAAUGUGAUUUUCGCAGAAUAUACAACUUAUUAUAUUAUUACGAAUAUGAGACAAAAACAAACAUAAGAAAAUAGUAUAUUAUCAUGAAAAUAGAUUAAAAUUGAUUACGA